AUGGAGGGAAGAGGCCCAUCCAACGAGACGCCAGUCAACGCCACUUCGGAGUGCUUCCUCCAAGCAGACUUCCAGUUCUCCUUCUUCCCCGCUGUCUACAGUGCGGUCUUCGUUUUGGGCCUGCUGGAAAACAUGGUGGCCUUCUACUUCCUGACCUGCAGGACAGCCGGAGCGCCCCGUUCCUUCGCCUACCUCAUCAACCUCGCCGUGGUGGACACUUUGUUCGUCUGCGUCUUGCCGUUCAAGAUCCACUACCACUUCAACCGCAACGACUGGGUCUUUGGCGACGUGGCCUGCAGCGUCACCGGCAGCGUGUACUUCGUCAACAUUUACCUCAGCGUCGCCUUCUUCACCUGCAUCUGCCUCGACCGGUACGUGGCGGUCCUCCACCCCUUCGCGUACAUCAGGAUCAAAAGCUGGCAUUACGGGGUGGUCUCCGCCCUCCUCUGGGGCGUGGCGGGGGGUGUCGCGGUGCCGCUCGUUCUGGGCGGCCCUCUGACCUCCCGGGAGAGCAACCGGACCGUCUGUUUCGAAAGCUUCGGGGCGGGCAGCUGGAGGGGGCGGAUGGUCCCUUACAACGCCUGCGCCCUGGUGUUCGGCUUCGCCGUGCCCUUCGCGGUGGUCUUGAUCAGCUACCCGCUGAUCGCCAGGCGCAUCUCCCGCAUCCCCCGCAGCGCCCGCAAGAGGAAAGCGCUGGGGACCAUCUACCUGAUCCUCUUCAUCUGCGCCACCUGCUUCCUCCCCUAUCACCUCACCCACCUGCUCCACUUCCUGAUGCGGGCCGGGCUCAUCCGGAACUGCCACUUCGCCGCCUUCAUUUACAAAAUGCGGCGGGUCACCUUAGCCCUGGUCAGCUUCAACUGCUGCCUGAAUCCAAUCCUCUACUACUUCACCUCGGCCAGCCGGCGGCUGCGCUGCAAGCUGCGCUUCAGGUCCAGGGCCGCCGCGGUCUACACCGUCAGCGGGAGACGGAACCGUGAGCUCCCCGGCGCCUGCGAAGCGCGGCGACGGGGUGAUGUGGACGGGGUGACGUGGUCGAGGAUGCCGCAGCAGCUCAGGGGACCUUAG